GCUGACCAGCACAGCCUCCUUGACUGGCUCAGCUAGUUAGAAUCAGUCCACACCCGUACCUGUUCCCUAGAGAGAGAAUCACCUGUCUGCCACAGAAACCACUUUCUCCACACACAUACAUACCCACCCACACCCACAGAUACCUACCAUAGUCUACUGUACAACAGCAAUCAGUUCAUUAGUGCUCUUAGCUCAUCUGGUGGAUUUUAGGAGAUCAUCUGGACACCAACCCAAGCUAAGCGUUGGAGUCAACAGAAAAAAGAAAGAAGAGAGACAGAAGAGAGAAACAGACAAAGAAGAGAUAUUCUGACCAAGCAUGUCAAAAGAGGGGGACAGAGCAUCCGUGUUCAGGACCACCAAGGUGCGUACCAAGCUGAAGGGGGACAGCAGCUGGCUGCAAAGAUGCAGUGAGGGGGCUCAGAUACAAGAGGCAGAAGAGGAGAAACCAUGGAUGGCAGAAGUAAGGGCCAGUCGUCUCAAUGGAGCUCCCCUGGAGACCAGUCCAGUUUCCUCCCCCACCACUGAAGCCCAGCCUCCCCCCACACACAACAAUGACAGUGGAUCAACAAUCUUCACCAAGAAACCUUCAGACAGUUACAAGAAAAUAGCCCCUCACACAGUGCGAACCAUAGUAGACACCCCAGCAAUCCAGAGUGAGGAGAAACUGUCGGCUGAGGAACAGGAAAGAAGCUUUAUCUAUUUCACCAGGAGGGAGGCAGCUAGCAGUGUCCUGAUGACCUCUUCAGUCAGACAACGCUCCUAUGUACUCUCAGCUGCCAAGAAAUAUGAGUCUGCAGAACACCCACCAGACAUCAUAUCCUUUGUGGCUAAAAGGGUGGAGAUUACAGAUGAUGAGGACACAGGGAGUCCUCAAAAGUCAGCUUCCCUUCCUGCCCCCUCUGGCCCUGCCCCUGUUUCUGCCCAAACAACCCCUAACCCUACUCCAAACCCUGUGUCUACCACUGCUCCCUCCCCAGCAUCUACUCCUACCCCUGUGACUGCCCAACCUCCUGCCCCUGCUUUUACUCCUACCCAUGUCUCUGCCCAACCUCCUGCCCCUGCUUCUACUCCUACCCAUGUCUUUGCCCCAACUCCUGCCCCAUCCUCUAAUCUUACCCCUGUCUCUGGCCCAGCUCCUGCUCCUGCCUCAAAACCUACACCUGUCUCUGCCCCUACCUCUACUCCUCUCUCUGCCCCAGCUGCUGCCCCUGCCUCUAAUCCUACACCUCUUUCUGCCCCAGCUCCUGCUUCUAAUCUUACCCCUGUCUCUGCCCCAGCUCCUGCCCCUACCCCUACUCCUGUCUCUGCCCCAGCUCCUGCCCUUGCCUCUACUCCUACCCCCAUCUCUGCCCCAGUUCCUGCCCCUAUCUCUGCCUCAUCCCUUGUCCCUACUCAUACCCCUGUUUCUGCCCCAGUCCUUGUCCCUACCCAUACCCCUGUCUCUGUCCCAGCUCCGGCACCUGCCUCUACUCCUACCCCCAUCCCUGCCCCAGUUCCUGACCCUACCUCUAAACCUACCUCUGUCUCUACCUCUCACCCAACUCUUGCCCCUGUUUCUGCCACAGCACCUGCCUCUACUCCUACCCCUGUGUCUGGCCCAGCUCCUGCCCCUACCUCUACUCCUGUCUCUGCCCCAGCUCCUACCCCUGCUUAUACUCCUACCACUCUUUCUGCCCCAGCUCCUGCUUCUAAUCUUACCCCUGUCGAUGCCCUAGCUCCGGGACGUGCCUGUACUCCUACUCCCAUCCCUGACCCAGUUCCUGCCCCUACCUCUAAACCUACCUCUGUUUCUGCCUCUACCCCUACUUCUCUCUCUACCCCUACUCCUACCUGUGAUUCUGUCCUAGCACCUGUCCGUACUCUUACUUCUACCCCUGUUUGUGCCCAAGCUCUUGUCCCUACCCAUACCCCUGUCUCUGUCCCAGCUCCGGCACCUGCCUCUACUCCUACCCCCAUCCCUGUCCCAGUUCCUGACCCUACCUCUAAACCUGCCUCUACCCCAACUCUUGCCCCUGUCUCUGCCACAGCCCCUGCCUCUACUCCUACCCCUGUGUCUGCCCCUUCUCCUGCCCCUACCUCUACUCCUUUCUCUGCCCCAGCUCCUGUCCCUGCUUCUACUCCUACCCCUCUUUCUGCCCCAGCUCUUGCUUCUAAUCUUACCCCUGUCUCUUCCCUAGCUCCGGCACCUGCUUCUACUUCUACCCCCAUCCCUUCCCCAGUUCCUGCCCCUACCUCUAAACCUACCUCUGUUUCUGCCUCUACCCCUACUUCUCUCUCUACCCUUACCUGUGAUUCUGCCCUAGCACCUGUCCGUACCCUUACUUCUAACCCUGUUUGUGCCCUAGCUCCUGUCCCUACUCAUACCCCUGUGUCUGCCCCAACUCCAGCUGCUGGCCCUACCCCCACUCUUACCCCUGUCCCAGCUCCUGCCCCUAACCCUACCCCUGUCUCUGCCCCAGCCUCUGCCCCUACUCCAGUUUCUGCAACUAUUUCUGCUCUUACCCCUACCCCAGUCACAGCUCCCACCCCUUUUCUUACCCCUGUCCCUGCUCCUGUCUCUACCACAAGCCCUGCUCUUACUCCUGUUCUUGCACCUAGUCCUGCCCCUAGACGUGUGUCUGCCCUAGCCCCUACCCCGUCCUCCACCCCUACCUCUGCCCCUACCCCUGCCUCCGCCCCUGCCAACACUUCUUCUCCUGUGCCUACUCCACAAAUGGGUAGUGUUGACACGCUGGCUACAUUAUCAGAUAUCCUCAUAUCCUUUGACAGCAGAUCAUCGAGCCUGCCGUGUAAAGAGGAGGAGGGCUUCUGGCAGGAAGCAGAAAAAAACAUUCCUGACGACAGCGGCAUUGACAAGGACCCAGUUCCAGAGCACAGUGACUGCAUCAUAAUGACGGACGAUCUCCUUGCUCUCACUAACAGCUCAGAGGACUUGAUGGAGCCCAUACCAUCCAGUCAAGGCACUUGGAAUCAUGACCUCCUGAGUGGACCAGACAGUCAAAGCACAGACAACGAAACAUGGGAGACCACCUGGAAAGUCAACCCAUCUCCUCCUCCGUCUUACAUGCCUGAAAGUGUGGAUCCUGCUGCUGUGGAGGGGAACACUGAGGAGGAAACUCUGGUGACUUUUGAGAGGAAGUCGUCUGAGAAUGAUUCUCCAUGGGACAGAUGGACCUCACCCACUGUCUAUACCACCAUCACAGAGGUGGAAAGAUCUUCUGACCAGACACCUGACACCAAGAAGGGUUUUGUGUUUGUGAAGGAGUAUGUCAACGCCAGCAACGGAAAUGGCUCUGAUUACGUAACAUCGGAAUCCUUUAGCUACUCCUACAGCAGCCCCACCACUUACUCAAGGGGUUCCACCUCAUCCCCCUGUACCUACUGUGGCGAACUGGUGGGUGACGAUGCCAAAAUCACAAUCGAUCACCUCAACAUCUCCUGCCAUCCAAGCUGCUUCAAGUGUGGCGUGUGUGGUUGUGCAAUGGGAGACCUGAUUUACAAUAUGUUCCUGCAUGGUAAAAAGGUUCAUUGUGAGACCUGCUACUCCAAAGUCACUGGCUGAGUCUGAACACUCGUAUCCUGCUUCCUUCCCUCGAUUCCUUCCAUCACCUCCUUUUCUCAAUGGGCACUAAAAGCUGAAAAGGAUUCAAUUGGGUUACAAUGUUGAAUAUAUGCAUCAUUGUUUGGUAUAAAGGGGUUUUCAAAGUCAGGUUAUAUUACAGUAUACAUCAGGGGUGUCAAACUCAUUUUAGUUAACCCUUGUGCUGCCUUCGGGUCACAUGACCCAAAGGUUCAUAACGAACCAUCGUUGUGUUUACCCAAUUUUACCCAAUACAAAAACAAAUACAAAUAAUUUUCUUUCAACCGUUGCAAUGUGGGGGGGUCUGAGACAGCCCAAUGGUUAAAAGAAAAUGCUUCACUUUGUUUUUGUAUGCGGUAAAUUUGUCGCAAUACGACGGUGGGUCACAAUGACUGAUGGGUCAGAAUGACCCGAAGAUAACACAAGGGUUAAGGGGCCACAUACUGCCCACUCUGAUCUCAAGUGGGCCAGACCAGUAAAAUCCUAGCAUAAUAACGCAUACAUAACGACACUAUUUCUUGAUGUUUAAAUCAUUGGUGAAGGUUUUUGAUGAUAAACCCUAUUUUAAGGUCUUUCUACAAUAAACUAGAAACAUAAAGACCAAAAACUCAGACAUCAGCCCACUGUUUGUCUGCCUGGGCUCUCCUCUGCUGAUUCCCUUGCUUUGUGACGCGUUUGACGUCAAACGCGUCGCAAAGCGUGCAGCAAGCGCUGCUGCCUGUGGCAAUGAGCGCUUCUGCCUCCGGAGCAGACAUCGCAUUUUUGAAGCAAAUACUGGAUCGAUUAAAAAAAAUUACACAACGUUUGUACUCAUUAACCUCCAUAUUCUUAAUAGACAUUUGGAUUCGUUACUUUUAUAGAAAUGCAAUUUAUGCAUUUCUGUAAUUUUCAAACUUAGCAAAGACAUCCGACGGGCCGAGCUGGACGCCCUGGCGGGCUCGCGUAUCCGGCCCGCGGGCCGUAUGUUUGACACCCCUGGACAUAGAUAUGAAUGACAUUUUUAUUCUUACAGCUGUUAUAAUUUUCUUUACAUGUUUGACUAACUGCCUUCAGUGAUGAAUGUCUUGCAGUCCUGCUCUGGUAAAACUAUGAAGGAAAGAACGUAUCUUUCAUGCGCCACAAGUAAAGAACUGUGAACUGACUGUAUAAUGUGUGGGUAGUUGGGAGCACUUUUUUGUCUUCUCUUAUACAAAAUAACCUAUUGUAACUACUAAACUGUUUAAAAGUUUCCUUUUUAUUUCUUACAAAACCAAUAAAAUGAUUUUUACAAAAAGAAA